AUGCAACAAAAACAACAAACACAGCAACUGCAGCUACAGCAAAAACAACAACCACAGCGAAUGCAGCUACAACAGAAGCAACAACAACCACAGCAGCUCCAGUCACAACAAAAACCGCAACAACAACAACAACCGCAGGCAGAAAAAAUAGCAAAUAUCACUUGCGGUUUCGCACAGCGCAUCAUCACGCCGCUGUUGUUGCAAUGUUUUUGUCACUUUCAUUUUAUUAUUACGAAUUACUUUCAUGUCUGCCGCUGGCGUUGGCAGUGUCGCUCAUUACCGUUGUUACAUCGCUCACUCACUGUGUUGAUUUUGUUAUCUUCCUUGUGGCAUGGCACCGAGUGUUUUCACGGCAGCGUCAAGUUUAGCGCGAAUACGGUGAAGACGAAAUACGGUCUGCUGCGCGGCAUUGUGGUGCGUUCGAGUCCCAUGGUUGAAGCAUACUUGGGCAUACCGUAUGCCUCGCCGCCGGUCGGUAGCUUAAGAUUCAUGCCACCCAUCACGCCAUCCACUUGGAAGAAUGUCCGGAAUGCAGAUCGCUUCUCGCCCGUCUGCCCACAAACGGUGCCCAUACCGCCCAAUGGCCCCGAGGCGUUGCUAGAAGUGCCGCGGGCACGUUUGGCGCAAUUGCGACGUCUGCUGCCGUUACUCAGCAAUCAAUCGGAAGACUGUUUAUACUUAAAUAUUUAUGUUCCAUAUGAAAAUCGACGCAAAAGACGCUCCACCAGCAGCAACAGCAUGGAGCACACGCACGAUCCCCCAACCCUACUCGCCACCGUACUACUACUACAUGGCGAAUCGUAUGAAUGGAAUUCGGGCAACCCAUACGAUGGUUCGGAAUUAGCGGCGCAUGGUAAUAUCGUCGUUGUGACGAUUAACUUUCGCCUCGGCAUAUUUGGCUUUCUGAAAACGGGUGGGAAGGAGAGCGCGCAGGGCAAUUUCGGCUUAAUGGACCUCGUAGCUGGUUUGCAUUGGCUGAAGGAAAAUCUGCCCGCUUUCGGCGGUGAUCCACAGCGCAUAACAUUGCUCGGGCAUAGCACGGGCGCAGCGUUGGCCAAUAUAUUGAUGGUCUCGCCUGUGGCAAGCGAUCUUGUACAGCGCGCAGUGCUGGUUAGCGGCUCUGCGCUCUCACCGUGGGCCAUACAAAAGAAUCCUUUGUUCGUGAAGCGUCGUGUUGCCGAACAGACUGGUUGUCAUGGUGAUAUGUUGUACGAUGAUUUGGCGCCUUGUCUGCGCACUAAAACGGUUGCUGAGCUGUUAGCCGUGAAAAUUGAUCAUCCGCGAUUUUUGAGUGGAUUUGCGCCUUUCAUCGAUGGCACAGUCAUAUCGCCGAAUACCGAUCCAAUUGGAGAAUUAUCGUUGCCUUUAGGUUCUGCUAUUGUUAGUACAUCAGGAAUUGAAUUUGCAAACUUUCCAAAACGCGACCUCAUUUUUUGCCUUACCUCAGUGGAAUCGUAUCUGGAUUUGAGUGCACAAGAUUUGGAAUUUGGUUUUAACGAAACACGACGUGAUCGUAUACUAAGAACAUUUGUUCGUAAUAAUUUUCAUUAUCAUUUAAACGAAAUAUUUGCUGUGUUAAAGAACGAAUACACCGAUUGGGAGAAGGCCAUACGUAGUCCCUUGAGCUCACGUGAUGCUACUCUCUCCUUUUUGAGUGAUGGGCAUACCGCGGCAGCGCUGAUUAAACUAGGCUAUAUGCAUAGCUUACGUGGUGGUCGCAGUUAUUUUAUACAUUUUAAGCAUAGAACAGUCGAAGAGGAGUAUCCGCAGCGAACCGGUUCCGUUCGUGGUGAAGAUGUGCCUUUUUGGUUAGGAUUACCCAUUUCACCACUAUUCCCGCACAACUAUACAACUCAGGAGAAACAGAUUAGUCGCCUUAUGCUGCGCUAUCUCGCGAAUUUUGCGAAAACGGGCAAUCCAAAUCAGUCAGGUUUAGACACACCAUCCAUAGCUGCAACAGCAUCCAGAUCACCGGGUUAUAUCACCGCACAACUCGACCAUGGCAAAGUGAAACGCGCCUCACUCAAAACACUAAAUGCCGUCAACAAGUUUUUCAACCUCACCAUACCACAUCAACUCAGCCUGCAACAUGGCAGUUUGCUGGACACGAGCGGCGCCAUAAAUCUCGCGCUCAUCUACAAUCAGCGACGUAGCGGUGCGAUGCGUGAACGACGCGCUUACUACAAACGACAUAUGCACAACAACAACAACAAUAAUAAUAAUAACAACAACGAAUCGAAUGAAUUACUCAACGCGGCAUUAAGAUUUGUUGCCGACGAGCCAAGCCUUGGACGUGGUGAGCAUUUGCCCUUCUGGGAUGCCUACGAUGUGGUGAAUCAGCUCUACCUGGAAUUGGGUAAUAAGGCAGAGGUGCAGAGUCAUUAUCGCGGUCACAAACUGUCCAUGUGGUUGAAUUUGAUACCACAAUUGCACAAGCACUCCAAUAUCAAUGAUCAGUCCAUGCGCCAUCAUCAGCUUCCCGAUGACAUCAGUAAUCGUGAUUUGUACGAAGGUGUCGUACGUCCACAAAUGCAAACGAAGCCGCCGGAUGAUGAGGAUACCGUAGUGGUGAAGACGCCAAAAUCUACAACAGCCACAAAGGCUGUGAGUAAUAAUACUAAGGCUGGCGUGAAUACUUUGAUCGGCGCUACAACAACAGAAUGCAACCCCGAUGGCACGAUAUAUGCGAACAUUGGCGAUAGCGCGUCCACCCAACAGCCCUUAGCAACGGAAAAUCGCACAAUGCUGGAGAAUGGGGGUCAGCAAAAGGAUCUAGCGACCGCCUCCACCGGACUCAUCGGCAAUUUGGAAAUGUUCCGACGCUUGAGCGGCAAACAAUUCCCCAGCUACACCACGGCGCUGGUAGCCACCGUUGCCGUCGGCUGUUUCCUGCUCACAUUAAACAUACUCAUCUUCGCCGGCAUUUAUCAUCAGCGCGAAAAGCGUGCACGUGACGCCAAAACCAAAGAGGAACUACAAGACACGAAUGAGACCAGCAAAACGGCUAGCAUACUUAAAUUGAAUACGCUGGGCGAUGACGAUGGCAGCAUGCGCUUUGAUGCGCUCACCAGCGGCAAGAGCACCGUCGUUUUCGGCGAAUACAACUACUACGAUGAGAAGCCGCCAAAAGGUUGCGGCAAGGAUGAGAAGCUGCUGGUCGAACUGCCGCCCACACAAACAACCGCACAUAUGGAAUUGAAUUGGCCCGGCGGCGGCGGUGGUACGAGCAGCACCUUGGACUUGCUGAAGACGAAACAUCACAGCGCUUUAGAGGCGGCCAGCUACAGCGGCAGCAAGGAAGCGGCGGCUGAUAUGCAGCAUCUACAAGGCAUCAGUAAUAUCGAAAUGGCCACAUACAGCACACAAAUGCCGUUGGCACCCGGCAUAGCGGUGCUCGAAUCAGCGCUAAUGCCGAGUAGACGUAGCUCGUUCUUGGCCAGCGGCAGUCAGACGUCCAUGCAAUUCGAUUAUGCGGUGCAAUCGUCGGAUCAGUUGUCAUUCAAGGAGAUUGAGAAUGCGGUCAAAGUGUCCACCGACGAGAUUGUCAAUGAUUUGGAUGAUGAUAUACCGGAACCGCCACCACCGCCACGUUCAUUUCAAAGCGCACACCUGCAACAACAACAACAGCAGCAGCAACAACAACAAGGAGGCAUCUUGCGUUCGUCGGGCUCAAAUACGGUUUCGUCGACGAGCGGCAAGAAACGUGUACAUAUUCAAGAGAUUUCGGUUUAGUCUUACUCAAAUACGAAUACUUAUGUAGUUUAGCAAAAUCUAGUUUUAUUGUUGAAAUUUAUUUCUAUUUUAAAAACAAUAACAUUUUACCGUUAACUUAGCAAACAAAUAGUUCCAGCACAUGUGCAGUUACUUCAACUGUCGCAUGAUUUUCACUAAACAUUACUAUAUUCUAUACUUCCGAAAUGUCACCCUGAUUUUCGCGUUCGCUUUUUGGUGGCGCCCAAGAUAUGUAUGUCUAACUGGCUUCUUAUUUAGCAAAUAAACACCUAACAUAUUCUGCUGUAAAUUAUAUUAUAUUUACGUAUUAUAUAUAUAUAUAUAUUAUAUAUUUAGGAAAAUUUCAGAUACAAUACGCAUAUUUGUGCGUAUUAAAAUAAAAGUAAAAAAAGUGAAAAAUAAUUAUUUAUUGUAUAAUAUAUUGUAUGGUGACUAUAUGAAUGUAAAAUGUAAUGUAAGAAUCAAAUUCUUUUUUAGUACUAAUAAAUUUAUAUUUAUUGUUGGACA